CCAUUUAUAGGCGCGGAACGGGCGCUGCGCAGCUGGAACGAGCGGGCGGUACCGGGAGCACGGGCGGCUGAAUCGCGGCCCAUCCCCACGGGAGUGCUGAGAAACCCCCCGCGGAGCGCCGAUCCACCUUCUCCGAGCGCCCCCGCGGCCGCCGCUGAGCUUUUUGUUUCUGUUCGCGCAGCGCUUGAGCGCCCCCGCCCAGCUUUGUUCUUCUUGCGGCCCCUGCGGGGAAGGCGCGGCCAAGAUGGACCCUUGUCACACCGAGGAGACCGAGGGCGAGAUCCCCGGCCUGGGCUUCAGUGACCGAAGCGAGCAGAUUGUUUCACGUGGGGUAGCGUCAGCCUUUGAAGCUGCAACCACAGAAGCAGAGACAGAGCAGAGCCUCACCCCCAAUGUGAUGCUCAACUCGGAGAGCAGCGAGGGAUACGUGGUGAAGGUCCGGGGACUGCCUUGGUCGUGCUCCACCGAGGAGGUGCAGAGGUUCUUCUCCGAUUGCAAAAUCCUGAAUGGGGCUUUGGGUAUCCGUUUCAUCUACACCAGGGAGGGCAGACCAAGUGGAGAAGCAUUUGCUGAACUUGAGUCAGAGGAGGAUGUGAAAUUGGCCCUGAAAAAAGACAGAGAAACAAUGGGACACAGAUAUGUUGAAGUUUUCAAGUCAAACAACGUUGAAAUGGAUUGGGUUCUGAAGCAUACUGGUCCCAACAGCCCUGAUACAGCUAAUGAUGGUUUUGUACGUCUUAGAGGACUCCCAUUUGGCUGUAGUAAAGAAGAAAUUGUACAGUUUUUUUCAGGGUUGGAAAUCGUGCCAAAUGGGAUAACAUUGCCGGUGGACUUCCAGGGGAGGAGUACGGGGGAGGCCUUCGUGCAGUUUGCUUCACAGGAAAUAGCUGAAAAGGCUCUAAAGAAACACAAGGAAAGAAUAGGGCACAGGUACAUUGAGAUCUUCAAGAGUAGCCGAGCAGAGGUGCGCACUCACUACGACCCUCCCCGCAAGCUGUUGGCCAUGCAGAGACCUGGUCCGUACGACAGGCCCGGCCUGACGCGCGGAUACAACAGUCUGGGUAGAGGAAGUAGCUUGGAGAGAAUGAGGCGUGGAGCCUAUGGAGGAGGUUAUGGAGGUUAUGAUGACUACAAUGGGUAUAAUGAUGGCUAUGGGUUUGGUUCUGAUAGAUUUGGAAGAGAAUGGACUCUUUUCUCCGCAGGGAUGUCGGACCACAGGUACGGCGACGGAUCGUCCACCUUCCAGAGCACGACCGGCCACUGCGUCCACAUGCGAGGUCUGCCCUACAGAGCCACGGAGAAUGACAUCUACAAUUUCUUCUCACCUCUGAACCCUGUAAGAGUACACAUUGAAAUCGGACCAGAUGGCAGAGUAACCGGAGAGGCAGAUGUUGAGUUUGCUACUCAUGAGGACGCAGUGGCUGCUAUGUCCAAAGACAAAGCAAAUAUGCAGCACAGAUAUGUAGAACUCUUCCUGAAUUCUACAGCAGGAGGAACUGGUGGUGCCUAUGGCAGUCAGAUGAUGGGAGCAAUGGUCAAGGAGUCGGAAGGGGUAGUCCAAGAUUGGAACACUAGCACAUUGCCAGCACAAGUCUUAAAUGCCUGUUGCUGUUGUGCCUCUAAGACAGAUACCCUCCUGACACCCAGCUGGGCUGGUUUCGGAGAUGAAGGGAGCCAAUCCAGUUACGGUGCUCCAGGCAACCAGCAGCUGAGUGGGGGUUAUGGAGGAGGAUAUGGAGGUCAAAGCAGCAUGAGUGGCUAUGACCCCGGGAGCCAGGGCGCCAUGAACAGCAGCUACUACAGCAGUGGGAACCGCGCAUCCAUGGGAGUGAACGGCAUGGGCGGCAUGUCCAACAUGUCCAACAUGAGUGGUGGCUGGGGAAUGUAACCAAUCGCUGACUUUUGGUCACAUCUUUUUUUAAAAAACAAAAAAACAAAAAACUAAGUUUAACAGUUUUGCAAUACGAGCUUGUGAUUUAUGCUUUACUGUAAGUGAAUUCAGGAUUGUUUUAAAACCUUUCAGGUUCAGUAUUUUUGAACAUAAAGAAAUGAACAUUCAUCUAGGAUGUAAUAACCAAGUAAAGACUAUAACUGUUAAACAAUUUGGAGCGUUUCUCAAGUUAGUUUUGUUGUAGGAGUGUAUUUAAGCAGUAAGCGUAUUUAGGUUAAAGCUGUUCGAAUUAUGUUAAAUGUUGCUCUUAUACCAUAUUACAUCCAACACUGUUUUGAAUACAUGUUGAAAGAGACAUGCUUUUUUGUAAAGAACCAAUAUAGGAGCUGUGUCUGAAAAUCAAAGUGAACAUUUGGCAUGUUAGUUCUAGUUUAUUUCUUUUAAUAUCCUGUAAGGCAUGUUAAAGCUUUUUUUUUUUAAGUUAAUGGGGGAAACAUGUUGAGACGCAAUACGGCUACUUUAGGAUUUUGGUCUUGGUGUUCGUAUAAAAUUCUGAGGCCUUGAUUUAAUCUUUCAUUGUAUUGUGAUUUCCUUUUUAGGUGUAUUGCGCUAAGUGAAACUUGUUAAAUAAAUCUUCCUUUUAAAAACUGGAACUCA